AUGGGGGCCCAGGGUGGCGCCCACGGGUGUCCUUCCCCUUCCAGGAUUUUUGUCAACCGCAGCCUGGAGCUGGGGAAGAUUUGUUGCCUUGGCUUCAACAUGGACUGCACUCUGGCAGCCUACAAGUCCCCGGCCUAUGAGACGCUGGCCUUCGAGUUGCUGCUGGAGCGCCUGGUGUGCGUCGGGUACCCACACGAGAUCCUGCGCUGCACCUACGACCCUGCCUUCCCCACCAGGGGGCUGGUGUUUGACGCGCCCUGUGGAAACCUGCUGAAGGUGGACGCCCGCGGGAAUGGGCUGCUGGGCACCCAUGGCUUCUCCUUCCUCCCGGAGGCCGAGAUCUGGAGUUUCUACCCCAGUAAGUUCAUUCAGAGGGAUGAGUUGCAGCGGUCCCACACCCUCAUCACGCUCUUCAACCUGCCUGAAACCUGUCUCUACGUCUGCCUGGUGGGCUUCUUCUCUGGCUGCUCCCGCUACAUCCACUGUGACACCGGUGAUCAGCAUGGGAACCUCUUCAUCUUCCAGGAUGUGACGGAUGCCGUGGAUAACGUCCACCAUUCGCUCUGCUCCCUCCCGCGGGGCUGUCUCAAGGAGAGGCCCCCAGAAGACUUGGAGAAGUACAUGGAGAAGGAUGCGGGAAUCCCCAUCCUGCGGGGCAAGAGGAAGGAGGUAGGGAAGGUCCUGGCUACCGGCAGCUACAACUACACCGACGCCAUCCGGAGCUACCUGUUUGGCGCUGGUGAGGCUGAGCACUUGUGUCUGCACCUGCCCACCCCCUGCAGGCCCUGGAGGUCCUACUUCGACCUGAUCGUGGUGGACACGCAGAAGCCCUGCUUCUUUGCGGAGGGAACGGUGCUGAGACAGCUCAGGACGGACAUGGGUAAGCUCCGCGUGGGCACCAGCACGGGGACCCAUCAGCACUGUGCCGUCUACUCUGGAGGGUCGUCAGACGCAGUGUGCAAGCUGCUCGGGGUGCGGGGGAAGGACAUCCUGGACGUCGGGGACCACAUCUUUGGGGACAUCCUCAAGUCCAAGGAGCGGCAGGGCUGGCGGACUUGCCUGGUGGUUCCUGAGCUGUCCCGGGAGCUGGACAUCUGGGCCUGAGAGGAGGAGCGAAUGGAGGAGCUGAAGAGGCUGGACGUGCAACUGGUGGACCUGUACCAGCACAUGGAUGGCAGCAGUUCCGGGCUGCCACUCAUCAGCUCCACCAAGAGGGAGAUUCGGAUGCCCCAUGAGUCAGCAGCAGAGCCAGAAUGGGCCAGUCUGGGUCCUGCCGCCCACCUCCUCUCCUGCAGCCAGAGGAAGGCUGAGGGCAAAGAGAGAGGCAAGGACCAGGAGGGCUGCACGGAGGCAGACUGAACCCAGGACACAGGCCGGCAUCACGGUCGUCUUCCACUUGAAAUAUUUUUCAGAUAAC